GGCGUGUACUUGGAGGGUCGGUCUUUUUCACUCCAGCAGGGACACCGUGCACCCGGCGAGAGAGAUUCACCAUGGCCCAAGCACUGAAUUGCACACCCUUCAUGUUAUGUUUUAUUUAUGUAUCGUUGCUGUUUACCAGUGUGUUUUGCGACGCGGAUGCAGAAGAAGAUGAACAUGCCAAGCACACGUACACGGUGGAGAUGUUCAACGAGGCGGUGCCCACUGCACCCCACUUUGUCAUGUUUUACGCCCCAUGGUGCGGCCAUUGCCAGAGGUUACAGCCGUCAUGGAAUGAACUGGGAGACAAGUACAACAACAUGGAGGAGCCCCCAGUGUAUGUGGUAAAAGUAGACUGUGUCCCGGACACCAAGUUCUGCUCCAAUGUCCACGGAGUUAGGGGCUACCCCACGCUAAUGUUGUUUAAGCCAGACCAGGAGGCAGUCAAGUACCAGGGGCCUAGAGAUCUGAAGUCUCUGGAGACUUGGAUGUUGAAGACACUCCAGGAGGAGCCUUCAGAACCAGAGAGUGAACAGGAGCCUCCUAAAGCCCCGGAGCCCAAACAGGGCCUGUAUGACCUGACUGCUCUCAACUUUAAGGCCCACAUAGCCAAAGGUGCCCAUUUUGUUAAAUUCUUUGCCCCAUGGUGCGGUCACUGCAAAGCUAUUGCCCCAACCUGGGAGCAGCUGGCCACCACCUUUGAGCACUCUGAUGAUGUCAAGAUAGGAAAGGUGGACUGUACACAGCAGUAUGAAGCAUGCUCUGAGAACGGCGUUCGUGGAUAUCCCACACUGCUCUUCUUCAACAAUGGACAAAAGACCGAUCAGUACAAAGGAAAAAGAGACCUGGACUCCUUUAAAGACUUUGUGGACAACCAACUGAAGGCUGCCGUCACUCAGGAACAAGAACCAAGUGAAGAACCAAACGCAAACGAGAUCCCCACUGAUGAGCCAGCCAAAGAGGAGAUAACGUCCAGUGUUUUGGACCUCACAGAGACUAACUUUGACGAGACAGUGGCAAAGGGCCUCACCCUUAUCAAGUUCUACGCUCCAUGGUGUGGCCACUGUAAGAACCUUGCGCCGACAUGGGAGGAUCUUUCCAAGAAGGAGUUUUCCGGCCUUACUGACGUCAAGAUAGCCAAAGUUGACUGCACUGUUGAGCGCACACUCUGCAACAAGUACUCUGUUCGAGGUUACCCCACCUUGAUCAUCUUCAGGGCAGGGGAGCAGGGUGACGAGCAUCAUGGGGGGCGGGACCUUGAGAGCCUGCACAGCUUUGUGAUGAGGCAGGCAAGAGACGAGCUGUAGUCACGUCGGCACUCCACUGUCCACCACUCCGCUCGUCCACACUGUAUAUCUGGCCAGUAGGACACCACUCCCCCUCCUACAGUAGCCAAACCUCUAUCUUUCUCUCCUCGGGUCCUCUUCAGAAAGGAGUCAGCCAAUCAUGGAAUGAUUCAGCAGAGUGUUUGUUUGGGUUGUGAAUAUAUUUUUCAUUGCUGUUGCCAAACCUUAAAUCUCAAUGGAAGAUACUAUCCUAUUGGUUGGGUCUGCAUAUGAAGUAAUAUGUCGGACAACCACUUUGCAAGCACCACUCAAUCAAUCAGAACCAGAAUUCCUCGCACAGAUUAAAGGUCUUUUAUCAAAUUGGUAGCACUAAAAGAAAGGUGUGCCAGUUUCUGCCUGUUUGAAAAAGAAGAAAAAAGGCAUUUGUUUCUGAUGAACCUCUGUAGCCAUUUUACUUUCUUUUCUUUUUUUUUUAAAUGCAAAAGUUAUACAUGGUAUUUGUUGUUAAAUCACAAGCCAUUAAUGUUGAGUUACUGUCGGUCAAAAUUUCCUAAAGUUAGUGUCAGCCAGAUGUGAAGUUGAGGGUACAUUCUAUCCAUGCCAGCGAUGCCUGACUUAACUCAGGGAAACACCCUGCAGACUAUAAGAAGUUGUGAAAGAGGAAUGAUUGUUAUCACAAGUCUGAUCAUCCACAGUUUUUUUUUCUUAAUGAUUAGGAUUUUAAUCUUUUGGAAAGAACAAGAUAAAUUAGUGAGGCUUGGUACACUGAACAUCUUUCUCUGACUGGUGAUCUCAAUCCCCCAUCCAUCUCUGCUCCUCCUAGCUUUCAGGGUCUCUGGCCUGGACCAUUUCACCCUAUAUCUCCAUUAGUGAACAUCUUUAGAGUUACUGCUCGUACUAUUUUCCUCAUUUCGUCUUCAAAUGUCGUACAAACGAUGUGAAUGUAAUGUGUCUGUGAUAUAUAUAUAUAUAUAUAUAUAUAUAUAUAUAUAUAUAUAUAUAUCUCAGGCUAUGUCCAAAGGAUUUUGGAACCAGUAAGUGGAGCAGGAAAAGACAGUUGGUGUUGUAGGUAAAACAUGCUGAGCCUCCACUUUGGUAGACACUCAACUGCCAUUCACAAGACUUUGUGAUCUUUUCCAGGAAAUAAGGUUUCAUCAGUGCUUUUACAACCUUACCGCCUUUGGACAUUUUUGUAAUGAUACUUUUGAGGGCCUGAAACGAACAUUUGCUGCUGCUCGGCGUCAGGUGUGCUGACUGGCAUCCUAUCGCCCUUCUGACCACCAUUGUGAUCUAGUCUUACCUGAGUGAUUGAACCAGCUGCAUCUUGAGUCUAUAUAAUUAGCUUUCCUGCUCCCAGAUAAUGUUUACAGAAGUAAAUGACCAAUGAUGCUGUGAAGUCAACAUCUUUAGGCACUCAAAACUGUGGACUGAAUAGAUAAGUGUACUUUAACUCUGCUACAUGGAUAGUUGGGGUGGAUCUGGUCGUACGGUACAGCUACGCCAACGACUGGUUUAUAGGUGUAACGGACCAGUAAAACUAUUUAGCAUUUAUCGAUUGGAACCAAAAUAAACCAUAACUUGACUGGUUUUAGUUUUCCACUCUGACUAUAACCAUUGGUGAGAUUGUUUGAACUUAAAUGUAAACUGUAUCAUAACCAUCAAACCACAAAGAAGAUUAAUUGGUGUUUAAAGUUUCAACAGUCACCGGCCAAGAACAUGUCACAGAGCUGGUUCUAGGAGCACUUUCCGUUUCUUUUCUGUGACUGACUUCACCCACCUGUUACGCCAUAACACAGCUAAUGCUUUGACCCGGGUUAUGUGAAAGGUGUAUUCAGCACGAUGCACGGCACCUUUUUAUUGUCUAACCAGGAACACAAACAGUCAGACACAGCAGUUUUUUUUUUUUAGUCUGUAAAGGUUUUUAUGGAUAACACAUGGUCCAAGGAACUCCAGUGACAGAAGUAUUUUUUUCCUUAUGAAUGGUGGGUUGUGCAUUACCCAUAGGUUUUGUACAAAAAAAGUGAAUAAUGGCAAGUUGUAACAUGAGAUUUCAUAAUAAAAAUUUUCAAAAAUAA